AUGACUUGUCAAGCCAGGUGGAACCAAUUCGAAGAGGCGGCCUUCAAGGAUCCAGACGUUCGCUGGGGAAGGUGGGAUAGACAAGAGAUUAUCGUCGUGCGCGAGGUCAUCGAGGCACCGUACAGCUUGAAGCGUAACCUGAUAGCGGUUUUGCCGGCCAAGGGUCUUGCAUUCCCUUCUCGUGUCUGGACAUAUCGGUCCUCACCCUCGAUCCUUCGACAGGUUAUAAUUAUAAAUCCCAGUAUGCACCUACAAUCCGACCAGACGAGCCCCCAGACAUCCAUCCCGGCCGAGUUUCAGCGUCGUUGCGCGCUAGUCGAUCUAUCCUGCUGCAAGCGACGCCUCUUCGAACAUCCCGACAAAUCGUUGUUGUUGCUUUCUACGCCUCAGAGCUUCCGGGUAGUUGAUCCGAGUUCGCUUCAGAAACACUCGCACAUCAACUUGCAGAAUCAGUUUCUCUUUGCCACAGGUUGGUUUUACCGCCAUAUCCCACCUGUUUCUGUCCCGAACUGGGAGAUACAUGAUUGCCUUCUGUAUCGCCUCGUCAAACCGGAUCGCUCUAUCCGCAAGACCGCCCACUUUGUAAGUCUUUCCGUAGACCUCUUGACCCUCGGACCUCAAUCUUCUCCUGAACGAGACGACCUUACGUCUUUUCUCCAUCGUUUCUCCGUAGAUGAUUUCCACGAGUUCAAAGCUCGGCAGAUUCUGAACGACAUCUUCACGCUUAGUCGCGGGAUCUUCGAGAUAGGACAAGUUGCGCCUGAGAAAGAGGAUGAAGACGAUGUUGAGCGAGUCUUCCAUGGUAUCGCAAUAAGACUACGCUGCUGGAAGGUCGAGACCAGACCUCCCCUACAUGAGCAGAGCUACGAGAUUACGGGCUCGCGAUCUAUUUCACAUGUCGUGUCUCUUACGACCAAAGGAUAUCUUAUUCAAAGGAUGGCGUUCGGUGAAUACUGUUUGAAUUCGUUCUUCGCCUCGAUCUCUUACAAUGCAGUACUAGGUAGCAGGAGAGACGCAACUCGGCAGGAUGUCAGACAUACUCUAAGGGCAGCCCAGUCACGAGGCUAA